GACGGAACAGACAUGGGCAGGGCGAUGGUGGCCAGGCUGGGACUGGGGCUGCUGCUUCUGGCACUGCUCUUACCUACGCAGAUUUAUUCAGAUCAAACAACUGUUGUAACACCUUCAAGUAACUCCUCCCAGCACACGUCAGCUGCCCCCAAUCCAGCGAAUGCCACCACCAAGGCAGGUGACGGUGCUCUGCAGUCAACAGCCAGUCUCUUGGUGAUCUUGGUCUCCCUUCUACAUCUCUACUGUUAAGAGACUCAGGCCAGGAAACAUCUAUACUUCCCCAUCCUCUAAACCCAAUUCAGAUGGCAUCCAAACAUCCAGUGUGACAAGGGGAAAAAAAAAACAGGUCUUCAUUGAAUGAAUCUGCAAGUUCCACACCUUAUUUUAUUGACAGAAACUGUUGAGGAUCCCAAAUCUGAUUGGUUUGAAGAGCAUGUGAAGGGUUUGACUAGAUGAUGAAUGCCAAUAUUAAAUCUGCCGGAG